AUGUUUCCUCCCGUUCUAGCUUUCGAUGCCGAGGGCCGUCCGGUGAAGUUCGAAACCUGGCUAGAUGACCUGCACCUGUUCUUACAGCUCACUGCCAAGGAAGAUAUCUCACUGUACGACCACGCCCUAGGCCAUGCCACUGCCCCUGACUCGUCUGCUGACAGCACUCUGCGUUCCCAGUGGCAGACCCGUGAUGCGCACGCUCGCUUUGCUAUUCGCAACUCCCUGCCGCUAGACGAGCGCGAGCACUUCGGCCAGUGCAAGACUGCUAAGGACCUCUACACAGCUGUAGUUGCCCGCUACUCCUCACCUGCUUCUGCCACGCUAGGCCGCCUCACUCUCCCCUACCUGUUCCCCGACCUAGCCUCCUUUCACACUGUCGCAGACCUCAUCACCCACCUUAAGACUAGUGAGGCCCGCUUUCGCGCUGCUAUGCCUGCCGAGUUUCUCACUAGCAACCCCCCCCCGCUCUGGAUCACUCUCUACCACAUCGUCACCCGCCUCCCUGACUCUCUGCGCGCAGCACCUCUCGUGGCGACCCCCGCACCCCGUUCUUUGAGGGGUGUUCCCCUUCCCCCCUCCUCCCCUCUGUCGCCUCUGCUGCUGCUGUCGACCUCCUCGGUGCUGAGAAGGUCGGGACCGCGUCUGCUUCGAGCGGGCGCCGCAGGAACAAGGGGGGCAGGGGUGGGGGUGGCGGCGGAGGAGGUGGGGGUGGAGGCGGUGGGAGUGGAGGCGCGGCUGAGGAGGCCGGUGGCGGCAGUGGGGGAGGAGACAGCAGCGGCGGGAGUGGUGGCAGGGGCGGAGGCGGCAGCGGGGGCGGAGGUGGUCGUGGUGGCGGCAGGGGUGGAGGUGGCCGGGGUGGUGGUCGUGGAGGCACUGGCGGAGGGCAGAGUCAGCAGCCCGCCCCGACGCUUCAGGCCGCCCGUGAGUGGUAUGCGCAGCGUGGAGUUACCUGCACGUACGUUAUUCGCACAGUUUCCUAGUGCCACUGACCUGCCGCGCUGGGCUGAGCUGGAAAAGAGGGGUGUUGAUAUUUGGGCUCUAGACUUUGAUGCUAUUCUCACUGCCAUGUAUGCGAUGUCUAUUAGUGGAGAGGGUGCUCAGUACUUGCGUGUUCUGCCCGACCCGGGCAUUCAGGCCAGUCCGGCUGCCGCUCUAGGUGCUAGUGCGUCCGCUCCCACAGGUCCUGGUGAGGCUGCUGCCCUAGCAGGAGGGCAUUGA